ACUCAACCCUUCGUAUCGGCAGCGAUGGCGCGCACGAAGCAGACAGCGCGGAAGUCGACGGGCGGCAAGGCGCCCCGCAAGCAGCUGGCCACCAAGGCUGCCCGCAAGAGCGCGCCGGCCACGGGCGGUGUCAAGAAGCCGCACCGCUACCGGCCCGGCACGGUGGCGCUGCGCGAGAUCCGGCGCUACCAGAAGUCCACGGAGCUGCUGAUCCGCAAGCUGCCCUUCCAGCGGCUGGUGCGCGAGAUCGCGCAGGACUUCAAGACCGACCUGCGCUUCCAGAGCUCGGCCGUCAUGGCGCUGCAGGAGGCCAGCGAGGCCUACCUGGUGGGGCUCUUCGAGGACACCAACCUGUGCGCCAUCCACGCCAAGCGUGUCACCAUCAUGCCCAAGGACAUCCAGCUGGCCCGCCGCAUCCGCGGAGAGCGCGCCUAAGCCUUGCCCGAACUUUAACGCCUGUUUUUAGAAAAGGUAUUUAAAUCAACACAAAGGCUCUUUUAAGAGCCACCACAAACACAAUCAAAAGAGCUGUUACACUGUAAGGCUUUUCAAUAUGUUCACUAACUAUAAAAUCCCACAGAAUUAAUACAAUUAUCGAUAGAA